CUGUCUGCGUUCUCCAGAAAUUCAGACCCUGUCGUCUCAGCUUCUACGAUAGCUUAGCUCAGUCUCCGCCUAUGAGCCAAGACCCAGACAACAGACGCUUGAGCAGCGAUAUGUUAUCCAAUGUAGCCUUAAGACUGUAUCGAAUUGCGCUGCACGCGGGCAUAUAUGCGCUUAUUGUGAGGCUUGUGGAAAUGCACUCGGAGCAUUUGACUGGAGUUCCUUUGGAAUAGUUUACUCCUGCUAGGCUAAGAGCUUGGAAACCGUGAAACGCAUACAGCAGCCAACACAAAUACAUUAUUUGUGCAUGUGCAUGCAAUGAAUACUGAUUGUUACUCGGGCUGAAUAUGCAAUCACACCGGAGUUGGUGAUAGAAAAACUUUCUCCAACUUUCCACAAAGCCAACAGGUGCGCACUUGCACUCUAGAAAGAACCCGCCCAACAGCCAGCGUUUUCAGUGGAUUUUACGAGUCUUGAGUUUUUAUUUUUCAUUUUUCAGAGGACUCAGUAUUUGAAUGAGAUUAUGUGGAUUUUACUCAUUGUUUAUCUGCUACAAAUGUGUCCAAAUAAGAAUUGGUGUCCUCCACACUACGCCGGUGCAUGGUGAUACAAAACGUCCCGUCAACAGUGCUUUGUGAUCGCCUUUCAACACUAAUCCAAAUGAUCCUUUCAUUAUUACUCCUACUUGCAUCGCUUCUCCAACAACAUGGCUCAGAGGCAGAAUCAAGUCACAUUAGCAAAUUUCAACAUCCAAGUUUAAAGGAACAAAACGGAGUGCAGGAGUCCCAGCAUGAGAAGCUUGUCUCGGUGGCAGGGGAGGGCAUGAUCCACAGCCCAGACUUCCCGCACACCUACCCCAGGAACACCCUGCUGGAGUGGAGACUGGUCGCCGCCAGCAACAUGAGAAUACAGCUGACCUUCGACCCGAGGUUCGGUCUGGAAGACCCAGAGGAUGGAAUAUGCAAGUAUGAUUUUGUGGAGAUAGAGGAGCCAGCUGAGAGCAGGAUUGUGGGCCGCUGGUGUGGCUCUCAGACGGUUCCUGCCUCGCACACGUCCAAAGGCAGCCAGAUCCGAGUACGCUUCGCCUCCGACGAGUACUUUCCCUCGUCACCAGGAUUCUGCCUUCGCUACUCCCUUCUCCCCGUCAGCAUCUCGGAGCUGGAGGUUCUGGUGGCGCUCGCCCCGCCUCUCCCGAGCGUGGACGCCCUCUCUGAGGUCGUGGCUGGCCUCGGCACGGUGGAGGAGGUCAUGAAGUACUUAGAGCCGGAACGCUGGCAGCUGGACAUGGACGAGCUGUACAAGCCCACCUGGCAAAUCCUGGGAAAGUCCUUCAUCCACAACAAGAAAUCCAGAGGAGUAGACCUCAACCUUCUCAGAGAGGAAGUGAAGCUGUACAGCUGCACCCCACGGAACUUCUCCGUCUCCCUGCGCGAGGAGCUGAAGAGGACAGACGCCAUCUUCUGGCCCAGCUGUCUUCUGGUGAGGCGCUGCGGGGGAAACUGUGCCUGCUGCUCUCACCGUUGCUACGACUGCCAGUGCGUCCCAGCCAGGGUCACCAGGAAGUACCACGAGGUCCUCCUGCUGAAACACAGGAGUGGAGGACGAGGGUUGCAGAAAUCCAUGACUGAUGUGCCUCUGGAGCACCACGAAGAGUGUGCCUGUGUGUGUAAAGACGACAGGGACUGAUCUGCACACCUGUUGCACCAGAGCCACAGUCGUCCCACGAGCCACUUGAAAGGAUUCUCUCCUCGUCGUCCCCAGCCCACAUCUCAUCCCCCCACCCACCCCGACUGGGAGCGAAUAAGAUGGCUGGCUUGUCCCGGUGCUCUUUGCUAAUUGGAUGGGAGUGAAACAGGCUAGGUGGAUUUGGCUGUAGUGGAGAAACUUUAGUUUAUUUGAAGUGCAUUUUUAAAAGACACGUGAAACAAACUGAAUGCACUGGAACUGGACCUAUUGUUUUUUGUUUUUGUCCUGAUGAUGCUUCUCUUGUGGGUUCCCAGAGAUGGGAACAGGUGCUAAGGACUGUAUUUGGCUGUUAGUUUAAGAGGACAUUUGUCUUUUUUUUUUUUUUUACCUUUUGGAGGACUUGUUCAAAUUCAACACAAAUGGCCUCUUCUCUAUCGAGUACUUUUGUGUAUGCAAGUGUGCUGGCUUUGUGCGCUGCCUCUGGGACAUUUAUUAAUCACAUCAAGGAGAAAAAGGAAAGUCCUUUUAUCAGUGAUACUCAACUUCUUUCUCUCUCCAGAUUUUUCCAGCGAUUAGAUUUUUGGAGUAAAGAAAUGGAAGAAAAGAUUAAGUAGUGAAUCACUGCUGAGCUUGAUGAUGCAACUGUAUUGUGUAAAUCAAUCUUUAUGUUUUGUACUAUAUCUUUUUUUUUCUUUUUUUUACCAAAGAUACUCAGUGAGUUGAUAAAAUUGCACACUUAAACCAAAUGGGUGUUGUCAGACAUCUCAACAGUGGUGUCAAAUGCAUUUUCUUUAGAGCUCCAUCCAUAUAACCCUAAGUAGUGAGUGGAACAUUUAAAAUUGUGCAUUUAAGGUAUUUAUUUUGUUCACCAAAAGUCCAAAAUGUGUUUCUUUACAGUAUGCUAAACGUGUAGUUAUUCAUUAAUUUGUAGUGUGAAUUCUAAUGGUAUUUUUUUAAAUAUUUUUUACCUACACACCAUGACACAAAUGUGUGUGGUCAUCGUCUCAAUACCAAAGUUAUUUAACAAUACUUUUUUAUAAUUGUAUGUAUUUUAUUGUACUUUAGAAAAGAAAUAAACACAACAGUGUAUUACUAGA